AUGGAUGACUCUGUAUCGGAGCAAUGUCUAGCUUCCAUUACGAACCUGAAGACUAUCUUCUUGAUUCUCUCCAAUCCGAGCAAACAGAAUGGCCGAAUACAUCCUGGAGAUGUGAAUGAUGAGCUGGAGAGAUUUAGUUUAUGGACUGGCAAUAUUGGAGCUAUGCAUCUCCCAGCAUCUCCUAUGUCGAUCGAGUCGCGUCUUUCCGAGUCCAAUGAUGUUUUGAUGCAUAUCCUGGAGUUGCUAAGCGACGUGAAAGAGGUCACUGGAGAGCUCUUGGAGAUAGUUUCUGGACAACGCGAAGGGGGUGCGACUUCCACACCUCACGAUGAUGGCGAGGACGAAGCUCAAAUCGAGGAAACAGAGCUUCUAAAGGAAAUUGGAGCUUGCGUCACACGUCUCUUCAGAAUAUCCAGUCUUAUCCGCCAAGCGACACCCACUGAUCUCUUUGCCAAAGCCUUAAGCCGAACUCGGUAUCAGUUCGAUGACCAGUACGAUGUCGCUCAUGUAGGCGAGAAGUACCCAAAGCUUGCGACCCAUGGGUCCAUAUGCCUCCGAAAGAUACUAGGUCGAGCCAUAACCCGACGGCGACACUACCUUAGCUACAUCCAAGACCACCGCGAGAAGCUUCAGAGCAUACCCACUAAUGUGCCCGAGGUUGUAGCAUCCAAAUCUCAAGUUCCCAAUCAGCGGUUUGCGGCCAUGAAACUACAGCCUGACACUUUCAGCCGGCCAUCUACUUUUAUAACGAAAGCUUCAAGUCUGGCACCGGGUAAUAUCACAACGCAGAUGCUCACUGCAGAAGUAGACUCGAACUCCGAGAGUGAUGCGAGAUCAUAUACAACCAUAUCCAGUUCUGUUCAAGGGGAUCUUGACUCCUCAGCUACUAACAGGAUUCCAAAGCUUGCGGAGCUACAACCAGGGGCUAAGAAAGAAGUGGAAUGUCCGUUCUGCUUUCGAAUAAAGAGAAUCAAGAACGAAAGAGUAUGGCGACGACAUGUUUACUCUGACCUCCGUGCGUACGUUUGCACAUUCCCCAACUGCGACGCCCCGUAUUUCAACGAUGUUAAUGAAUGGUUCCGCCAUGAGAUGCAGAACCAUCGCGUCAACUACACUUGUCGGUUCUGUCCCAGCGAGACAUUCCGGUCGAGUGAGCAGUAUCUCAAUCAUAUCCGGAAUAAACACCCGAGUUUAUUAAAAGACGGUGAAGAGAAAUCCCUUACCGACUUUGCCCGAACUCCACUCGAGAAGAUAUCCGCUCAAGAAUGCCCUUGCUGCUCGGACUGGGUCGAUCGUCUCAAGAAGAGGGCAGAGGUAGCAGAGAUGCUGUCGAACACAUCUGACCACAUGAUUUACGUUGAUCCAAUCAUUUUCAAACGCCAUGUCGCUUCCCAUUUGGAGCAAUUGGCGUCAUUUGCAAUCCCCAUCAAUCUAUCUGGUGGAGAAGACGUCGAUUCGAAUGCGGCCGUUGAACUCGGUGCUGAUCUCCGGAACAGCAGAUCGAACAGUUUUUCCUCGUUGUCAAGUCUAGGCGACCUUGGAGGGAAAUUGAAAAGGACAAUACGGCUCGACGACGAAAUGCGAAAAUCACCGUGUUCCAUGGGAAUGCUGCUGGGCAAAAUUCUGGGUAAAUGGUACACCCUAGAUGGCUCUAAGGCGACCAAGGUCUGUUCCAACUGCUACGACUGCAACUUCGCUCGUACACCGUUUGCCAGUUCAUUCUCAAGGACUGACUACCAGGGAGCCAUCGGUCAAGCUUGCGACUUCAACGAUCCUUGGGUGCGCUUUGCGUGGCUCCUGACUGUGCAGCAGAAGCGACAGUCACUGGAUUUACUUUACGACAUUGACAAGAUUAUUGACAGUGAGCAACCUUGUCCUAGUGAUCGAGCAGUAGGAUUAGGCUCUGAACAUUUAGCAUGGUAUGGCCUUGCCGAGCAAGAGUACGAUUUAGACGUGGCCAAGUUCACAUUAUGUGAACGCGAUGUUAAGUUGGUUGAAGCACUGUUUCCAAGUAUCAUCGGCUACUUCGCCAGACUACCGAAGUCGUCAAGAAACAUCAUAUGCAGUCUCCGCAUCAAUUCUCGUCGUCAUCCUAAGUAUCUCGAACUGCUGGCUGAGUUAGAUGCUGAAGCAGAGUUUCUCGGCAGAUCACUAAACAUCAGCGCCUUCAUUGAGAUGCUCCGUAUGAACGCUUUACGAAGCGAGUGUCCUGGAAACAUACCUUCAGUCAACAGGUUAUGGCACUUCAUGCCCAGUCUUCCUGAGUUCACAGUCUGCGAAGAAUGCUACGAGGAUAUUGUUAGGCCUGUUCGCCAACCAGGAACUUCCACUAUUCCAAGUCGUCUCUACGCCGAUCUCCGAAGCAUUCCUGAUGAAGAUCCAGAGCUUGGAACAAGCUGUUCCUUGUACAGUCCCAACAUGCGUGGCGUCUGGGAGAGAAGCAUUGCCGAGGAGGACUUUGAGUACCUAAAACGAAAGGCUGUAGUACGGAAAAGGUUAGAAGCUCGACUAAAAAGCAUGUGGAGAAGAGCAAAAACUUGA